UGUCGGGCACGCGCACACGCAAGAGAUCUCCACGGCACGCGCAGGUCAGAGCAGAAGCAGCUCGCGCCCGCGGAGGAACAUCGCGCAAAUUCUGAAUUAAAGUGAAUUAAAACGUCCUCGGUACAAGACUGGAGUUAUUCGAGUUAAGAGUUAGAGUCAAGCGUCUCAAAUGGAGACAGAAGCCAUGGAUGUCCAACAGCAGGACGGAGGACAGGGCAGCGUUCAGGACAGGGUCGUGCCCCAGGAGAGUCAUGUCCACACGACACAACCACAGGCCACCCGCAAACCUGAUGUCACAGGUCCUGUCUCAGUUGAGAUUGUUGACAGCGGAAGCAGCGAGUCGCUGACAGACGGUGUCACAACCAAUGACGACGCUUUACUGCUUCCUGACCACAUACCUACGAUUUCACGCAAAAUAGAGAAAGGCAAUGUAAAGCCCAGUCUUCCCAAUGGCUCCUCUCCUGUCAUUCAUACACCGCCGACUUCUUCAUCAGGAGGAUCGACGCCUCGCCCGACAACGCAACAGAAAUGCAACGGACACACAAAGUGCAACGGACACAAACACCCUCACAGAAAACACACGCCCUCCACCUCCAAGAGCCAGCCGAGCUUCAAAGGUGAUGCUUCACAGAUACAGAGAGUAGCUGGAGACGACUGCUGUGCACACUGCAUCCUAGCGUGUCUGUUCUGCGAGGUGCUGUCGUUGUGUUCGGCCGUGGCUCAGUGUUUGGCCUGCGGUCUGGAGUGUGACGCUCUCUGCUGCUGUGGGGAAGCAGCCACCGGUGGUCUGGCCUGCUGUGCUGAGGACACCUGCUCUGCCCUGCUGGAUUGUGGGAUACUGGAGGACUGUUGCCAGUCUUCAGACUGUCUGGAGAUCUGUUUGGAAUGCUGCUCCAUCUGUUUCCCGACCUAAACGGGAUUCUCUACAGAAUGAUAUCAAGUGCUCAAAGGACUGUAAGCGUUGGAUAUACUGUACUGUUAUCCCGCCUUUUGUAUUUAUUCAGUAUGAAGAAUGAAUGUGCUACAUCGAUCAAAGUUGGACUGUUCUGUACGAGGCUAGUCUCUGAGGCCUUAAACCUGAAGUGUGUUAUUUGAUAUUCAUUCAGUAACUCAUCACUGUUGAAAUUCUGUUUGGUGGCACAGAAAUUACACACUUCAUCUUUAGUUUACUGCACUUGCAUUAACAUUACUAUUAAAAAGUUUGGAGUUGGUAAGACUGUGCUGCAAAAGAUGAUUUUUGUCUUAUUUUUCAGUACAAAUAUCUAAACCUUGUUAAAUGAAGGUGCUUGAGGUACUUAAGAUAUUGAGUCUUGUUUUCUAGGGACAAAAAUCUAAAUUGAGUGAGUUUAUGCAUAAAACAAGAAAAAAAAAUAUUUUAGUAGGGUAAGAAAAAUAAUCUUUUCUCUUUAAAUUACAUUUAUUUGUUUUAGGCAUUAUCUCAUUUAAUUUUGCAGAUUUAUUUCAGACAACAAGACUUGAUAUCUUAGGUUGCUUCUCAAGUAAAAUAUUAGGAUACAAGAAUUGUCAGAAUUUCUAAUUAUUGUAAUUAAAAACAACAUAAUUAAUAGUGAGAAAAUAAUUAACUGAAGAGUGUUUCACGUUUUUGACAAUAAGGCUGUGUUUAUCUGGUUAAAAAAAUACAAAUAAAAACUGUAAUAUUGUCAAAUGCCAUUACAGUUUAAAUUAACUGUUUUCUAUUUUAAUACAUUUUAAAAUUGGAUUUGUUCCUGUGAAUUUUCAGCAUCAUUACUCCAGUCUUCAGUGUCACAUGAUGAUUCUUCAGAAAUCAUUCUAAUAUGUUAAUUUGCUGCUCAAAAAGUGGAAUUUAAGUGUAAUAAUUCUUUUUGCACUUGUGAGAGCUCAAGUUAUCCUCCUGAAAGUUGAAAGAUGUGUCAGACUCUUCCGCAUUCCCUUCUUCAUUAAUAAUGAAGCAAAUAUGUGCAUGCUUGAAAUGCCUGCAUUAAACAUUUUCAUCAACUGUGAUAUUUUAUACUGCUUAGAAAAAAAUCUCAAAUGUCAUUUGUUCUGAAGAUUCAGAUUCUCUGUGCUUUGAAGAGUGUAGCAUGAGAGCCGAGAUCUUUGUUCUCUGUUUGUUCUCAGCGUUUUUAUCUAAAGUGUGUGUGGCAGGAAGGCUGGGCGAUGCAAAAAUAACCAGUCAGGAUAACUAUAAAGUGCUUGCAUAUUCCUCCGGGCAUGUUGAAUUUCACAGGCUUUCUCCAGAUGACUCUGCCCAGUGUUUAGACAGCGGGCACUGCUCUAGAGAGAGCUGAUGUUGAAUCUGGCAGAGGGACAGAGAUCUGGGAGUCCAACUACUGACACCAGCACUCCCUUCAUCCCGCUGAGGGUUACACAUUAUAAACAGCAGCUAAAAACACCUUCCAUCACUGAUUUAUUGAUUAUAUAAGUCAGCAAAUGAAGAUCUAUAAUAAUUCAAAAUGUGUUUAGCAAGGUAGGUUUGAUUUUGGCAUUGGUAGAGACAAAACUUAUUUGUUUUAAUUAAAACCAUUACUACGGACAAUUUAGUAGUCACUG